AUGCUGUCAGAAUUGCAGGACUCGGAUAUCUUCGACGUCGAGAACAUGACAGACACUGAAAUAUGGGGUCUUGAUCAAGUCGAUGACUACAUAUACUCGCUGUUUCCGAGACGUUUGCUGGAUGAAAUCCAAAGCAUGGGUGAAGGAAACGGUCGCGGAAGGCAUCCUGUCGAUCUAGAGGUCGCCCGAGGAUGGUUGAAACACGACUCCUUCAUUCUUUUCCUGCGCAUGACGGGAGACGAAUCUUCAAGUGAUUCGCAGCAGGGAAUUUCCUUCGGCCAGAUGCUUUGCUACAAGGCGUUCCUGCUUCCCGAUUACCUAUACUCGCAUCCCGCAUUUGCUGUCAGUAGGGCGGACAAAUGGAUGCACAUCGCCCAUUUCGAAGCGUGGCUUACGUCGCAGUACUGCUCAGAGGAUGUCAGAGGAAAUCGGUUGUUCUUCUGCGAAGAGAUCUUGCGCCUCGCACCCAGCGCAACACUGACUCCACCUCCUACCCCACACGACAGGCCAUUGGGUAUAUGGCAGGCCCAACAGAGGACACUCACAUUCACGAGGGUGGAAGAUAUGCAGCGGAUUGAAGGUCGCUUGGAAGCCAAUAGGCAUUCACAGGAAAAUCUCACCUACGAGGAUGUCCUCACGGACCAGAGAUGUAGUAAAUUCCAGCAGAACACCGUCGUCUAA